CAACAUUGAAAACAUUACCGACCUCCGCCGUGGACACGUUUGCGGCGUAGUUUCAACGUCCUCCGAGCGCGUCUGAACACCAAUGUCCGCGGAGUCGUCGAGCAGGCGGUCGAAUCUCAUUGAUGUCACCUAUCAGCAGCUGCACUCCAUCUUAACUGGCCAUGCAGAAGGCAUCAGCCCCGACCACACACUUGCUAUCCUUCGACCAAGGAUUGAAAGGCUGCAGAACAUAGUCGAACCUUUUGGUACACCCUCUGAGGCGUCGAAGAAGAAGGUCAACAGCGGCACGGUUACACUCGCGGACGGUGUGGACGUGCAAGUCGAGGAUGCAGACAAAGAAUUUGUCUUUGCCAUCAGCGACAGGUUCAACAUCGAUCAGGUGGAAGCGCUCGUCCUCCUCCGAUCAUUUCUCUACAACGAAGGCUUACCAGCGCAAGCCGGCACGGACUCCACAUCAUCCCUGGUCGAGGAGUUAGUGGAAGCUAUAACCCCCUUCUAUCACUCGGAGCGACUCUCCCUCUUACGGACCAUCAUCCCACUUUUCCGCGCCCAUGACGACGAUACCUCUCCCUUCUUCGAUGUUGCUGGUGAAGUUGUCCCAAAAAUCGUGACGGAUGGUCAGACCUGGGCCGACUCUCUCGUGACCGAAUAUGGCCGCAAAACUCAAGCAUCUCCUCCCGAUGCCCUCUCUUCCGAUCCUCGAGGGGCAUCUAGAUGGUCCAAACAGAAUUUGCGCGAGCAGAUCGUCGUCCUCGAAAUCCUCUUCUGGACCAUGUGGAGCUACGUCUCAUGCGUCGGCCCCUUAGUAGUGCGCAUCUUCGAGAUGGCAUACACGACAAGUCUCGGUGGUGCAUUGCAAGACACUACCCUGGUCCUGGACGAGGAGGGCUUGCAGCUCCAGCAAGAUGCCAAGGCGCUGUGGAUCCUGAUCAUGCUCGAGGUACUGGAACUUGAACGGGUUGCCGAUCCAUCAGAAUUGGAGGUCUCCACGGAUCCCGCCGAUCCAAGCUUUUAUGCCCACGAUCCGCAAUCAUUAACGCAGCUCCACGAACUCCUCACCUCCUCAGGCCACCCUCAGUAUUCUUGCAUCUACAUGGCUUGGUCGUUCGUACUGUCACGGCUAUCGGAAAAGGUGGCGGUAGCCAAGGAAGUGCCGGAACGAUAUCGUGCGUUCUUUGAAUCGGUCAGACAGAAGCUCGGCAGUCGUUACACGGACCGAGAGCCCGUUCACAUACUCAUGGCACGGAGGGCACUGGGUCCUGAUGUGGGCCUCUUCCAGCUCAUGCUAGAUAUGCUCCUUAUGUCCCCCUUAUUUGUGACAUCAAUUGCAUGGAGAACGGGAUCCACGGUGACUGACCCGAAUGCCGUUGCAUUCCGCUCAGUGCUCAAGGGUUUGUUAAUCGCCAUCCUGGAGCUGGUACCAGUAGAACUCAUGCCUGACUUCGACGCCCUUGUGGAAGUCUGGGUGGCUCUCUUCGGUCGCAGCGAGCCUCAGUCCGUUGCAGGAAUCUGUAGGCAGUUCUGGCAGGUCGAUUGGCAUACUGGAAACGCACGUCGGGCUAUUUUAGACGUGGCUCGCGCCAGGUUCCCUAUACAAUCUCGCCCACUGAUACGUUUACUACGGUCGAUGACUGCGAGCGGAUUUCUGGAUACGGAUCCUCUCUCCACGGGCGACGUUGCCGAAGGCACCAUGGACGAGGAGCGCGAAAUAUGCGACCAGCACGUCUUUUACUACCUUGACAAGCUACCCACCUUUACUCAGGCCAUCCCGAUAAGCGCAUGCACGGGUCCAAAUGCUUUGUUCGAGAAGGCUCCAGACCGUUACAAGGAUGGAAACCGUCCUGCAGGACUAAAGUACACAAACACACGGUCUUUGAGGCUUCCGGGAGGAUCAGUGCUGCCCGCGAAAUCCGUGGGACGGCUCUUGAGCGGCGAUGGUGGCGAUGUCAUCAUCGUGGCAUGGCAGCACGAACACUCCGGGUGGAAGCUGCUGCUGGAGAUCCUGACUGACUACGUCCACCGGAAGCGACCAUUUCCCGGCUCACGUGGACCAGCUGAAGCGUCAACCCUGCGGCGAGGCAAACCGGACGGCCAACCUCUCCCUUUGCGAUUGGAAGAUGUCGGUUUAGAGCACGACGAAGACGGCGAUGAGGCUCUGGUGACUGACGCCCUCGACCUGAUUCGCAGCGUCAUACGCGACGAGCCCGUGCUUGCCGAACAGCUCCUGCAGUCGAUGGAGGCUGGCGAACCGGUCGUUGCGCACACGAUGUCUGAAGCACAACCGCCAGAUCUGGUGCAGUUAGCCGCCAUGAUCCUCGAAGAAGCGUUCUCUCGUUCGGCGUCCCAACGGAGAGUCGCGCCGAGGACAAAUCUAAUCACAUCCGCCAUGAGCAUCCUUUCCGAGCUGCUCGCCUUGCCGAAGUACUCGAACAGGGUCUGGCUAUACAUCCGGUCCACAGCAAUCCUCUUUGGGUCCGAUCGUGCCUCUGGAUCCACCUCAAGCAUCUUAGCCGCGGAACGUAUCACCGGUCACUAUACCAUGACUUUGGCCCUCCUCCACUUGGUGCAGCACCUAUUCUAUGAAGCAUCAUCUUCGCUGCUCCCUGUGGUUGCGGAGAACUCGCGAUUGCAGACGAUCAAGGAGGAGGUGUUACUUCGUGCUACACGUUUCGUACAUGCCGAGAUUUGGGUGGAGCAUUCUGGAUGGAAGUACGUUCAUCUCGGAGAUCGCUUCGAAAUCGGACGCCGCAUCUCCGUCUUGUACACCGAGGUCCUGAAGCAAUCACCAAGUGGUAUGGAUCAGCCCUUCGCGACCCUCCGAUUGGCGAUAGUAGAAGCUUUGUUGUCCAAAGCAACGCCUUCCACCAUUGGACCGUUGGUCAAUAUCAUAUCGUCUGCGAGCCCGAUGCUAACCGCGCUCUACGCGUCACGUCGAUACGGUGAUGCGAGGCGUUUGAUCUUCCUCCUUGAAGCGCAUCUUCGCCUCAUACGGACCCUGCUAGAGCAUAGGAGCAUGAUCCCCGACUUCAAAGGUGUAUCGCUCUUAGAGCAACUCCUGUGUGCAAGAGGGCCUGCGAAUGGACUGUCGCUGAACGGCGCGCGUGCCCAGGUAGAUCACAUCGAAACGCUGGCCUCCUAUAUCAAGGACCGCGGCAUGGGCAAUGUCACCCCUUUGGAGGCGACCCGGGUCUUGCACACUCUAUGCGCGUCCCUGGCGUCGUCUUUCAACACCCCUACGAUCGUAGGCCACCUUUCGAAUCCGGAAGCCACAGUCGCGUCCUUCGUUCGCAUCGUCCAGCACCCCUACGACGAUUUAGCUCUCCGUACAUCAUUGUGGGACUUUAUGGCCAUGGCCGUCGAUAAGGAGCCCGCAUUAGCAGGUCUUUUCAUCCACGGGGAAUUCCGCAUACCUGAUGUCAAAGGAAAAGGGAAGGCAGUCCCUGACCAAACCAAAAACUCCCCUGUCAGUGCCCUUGACACGGCUUUGGAUAUGCUUGGUCAAUGGAAGGAACUGUGGAAUCUCAAUCCUCAGAUAUUGGCGUCGGUUCUUCGCUUCAUAGUUGCCGUAUGGCAGCAUGGGAUGGAACACCAGUCGGCCUUAGAAUCCAGGCGGAAGGAUGCUGAAUUGUGGGCCUGCCUCGCUGCCAUUGCUCAAGAGGAUCUCGGCCCUGCUCCUGAUUAUCAAUCAGAGAGCUGGAUCAACGAUGACGGUGUCCGACAUUCUCCUUUACAUGACGCUGUCUCGUCUCAUGCCUACCAUACGAUCACGAAGUCGCGCGCUCUCCAUAUCAUCGGCCUUGAUGUUGACAUGCACCUGCAGUUGCGCGAUCGCAAGGACCAAAUCCCUGACAGACCGGCAAGCUACCAGGCCAUUGAAGGCUGUUUCAAAGACGAGGAUCAGUUUACAGAUUGCGUGCUGGAAGCUGCAGCCUCCCCGUACGAUCCAGGGCUCUAUGACAAAUUCAUCGAGGAUGCCAAGGCGCGAUAUGGACAUCUAUCGCUCAGACAACUUCAGAAUCAAACGCCCCUUGUGGAACAUGAAUACGGUGACGAUUACAUGUUUUCCAUACCUCUUCUACAGCGGCGGCUCAUACCGUAUCGCCUCGUCGAUGAGGUCCAAGCGCAAGAAGCUGACGAACUAGAGCGCAUUCUCGCAUCCAUUAACCUCAAUCUCUCCCUUACAAACGCCCAGUCCUGUUUGACCGAGUCAUGGCAGUAUCUGCUCCUGCGGGUCGUUCCUUUCUUGCGCGGGCAAGCUUCCACACGGAAAGUGGUUCUGACAUUGGCAGUGUCCAUUUCGGGAAAUAUUGCCUCGGAUAGUCGCUCUGGUGACAUGAUGGCAGCUAUACACGGACAACGGUUGUCCCUACUCCUGGCGAUGUUGGAAGUCGCUUGGUUCUCAACAACAGACACGGCCGACGAAAUCCAACAUUUCACCGAUGUCGUGCAGAACCUCCGUGAUAUAAUUGUCAGCGAUGCCCAGUCCCCUGCUAAGGCGGUCAUCGGCAGGGUACCUAUACCCUUCCACAAGCCCCUACUGCAGAUCAUAUACUUCUGUGUUCGCCAUUGUCGUGCAUUGAUUCGUCGGCCGAAGGCUUUGAACGCCCAGCAGCGGCUGAUCUUCGCAUCUACCGUGGACAUCGCGUUGGUCUUCACGGUUGACGCUCUCCGAUGCGUUUUUGAAGCUGCCAGGAGCCGUCUAGAUCUGGAACUGGACCAGGACCUGGAGUUGCUCGUGGCGGUUUUUGAACAGUGCACCCGGACAGACAUCACACCCUCUGCUGCCAUGUGGCUUGCUCGAUGCCAGGAGUCGGACGUCGUACGGUGCAGCAUGGAGCUCUUCGUUCACAGCGAUAUCGCGGGCCUUGCGGAUCUGGAGUUGCUUCGGGUGCACAGGAGGCCGUUAUACUCUCUUCCGGUCCUCAUGUUUCACCUUGCGCUUGCCAGUAUACCCGCAGCCGCAGAAAAGCUAGCGAGUGAGGGCGUGUUGGUAGCGUACAGCAACAACAGCAUAAGCUCUUCAAUAAGCUCAGGCUCUGUGGAAGUAUCGCUGCCGGAGUUACCCGGUGAACGCAGCCCCGCACACGAAGCCUACUGCACCAUGCUCGCCAUCGUCUCGGGAGUCGUCGGUACGCUCGGCCGACAACACCACUUCUUUGACGCAGAAGCGAGCGGGCUCGUUCAACUCUACGGCGGACAGAUAUCCCGCGCUCUGUCAUGGUCGGUCGGCGAUGCCCUCACCAUGCCACUUGUCGAGGAGAUGGAACAGGUCGUAGAACUCUUCUCCGCCAUCGCCGACAGUACGCCGCACUCCGCAACCUCCGGCACCGCGGCAGAGAAGGUGCUGAAGGCAUUUGCCUCACAUGCAUUAUUCCUUCUGCAGCAACUCACGUAUGCGUUGACGCACCCCAACCAACUUGCGGGCAGCCUGGAGCCGAUAAGCGCGGAGGAGCGAUCCAUGCUUGAACAAGACUCGCGGGACACGUCGUCCUCGACGCUAAUCGUCAAUCCUGCGAGACGUCCGUUCCUGGCACGCGUGAUCCAUCGGUUAUACGGGCUGUCGAGCACCAUCCUCGCCACAUUACUGAGCAUUACGCACGCGGAAGACGUUCUCAUUGGCGAUGAGGAGGAUUGGCCAAUACAUAUGGCAUUGGCAGCGCCGCAUACAAAGGUCAUCCCGGGCGAGCCUGCCUCUAUGGGUACUCUCCUAGAACUGGGCAACGCCUCGCUCGACGUGCUUCGUCACCUUUCGAAUCAACCGGUGGGACAAGCCAUCUCGCCUGCCGCGUCAACAUCGCCGCUCAGCAAGCCCCUGGACGUGGGAGACGCGAUGUCGACCGCGGCCCGUAACCUUGAAAACGUCCUCGUCUUCGCGGUAACGCAAUUUGCGAUGUGGCUCGCGCGGCCGAACGCGGACGAGCUCGGCGAACGCGAGAUGCAGGUGGAGGACUUUGGCGGGAGCGAUGAGCAGCGGUCGGAGAGGGAGCGCCGGGCGGCUCGGCGGACCUCGCUAACGCUUGCGGAGAGGAUGAGGCGGGGGAUGACGGGCGAGAUGGCGGGUGAUCUGCAAGCGCUGUUGGGCAAGGUCAAGCCGCUGCUGGAGAAGACAAGGACCGCGCUUAAGACGGAUAAGGAGGACGUGGACUUGACGGAUAUACUCGUCACAUUCCUUCACGAUCGGAUGCUGGUGGCUUCGCAAAGUGUAUGA